CGCGCACGUUGGGGCUGGGAGAUGCACGCACAGAGGCUUUGACCAAUCGGUGAGCAGCCCGCGGUACCCCGGCAGUGAAGCUCGGGCAGUGCUGGAGCUCCAGCGCGGGAGUUAGUGAGGCAGCCAUGGUGGGACACCUGAGCGAGGGGGCCAUUGCGGCCAUAAUGCAACAGGGAGAUACAUCCAUAAAGCCCAUUCUUCAAGUCAUUAACAUCCGUCCCAUUGCUACAGGGAAUAGUCCGCCCCGGUAUCGACUGCUUAUGAGUGAUGGAUUGAACACACUCUCUUCUUUCAUGUUGGCCACACAGCUGAACCCUCUUGUGGAGGGGGAGAAACUGGCCAGCAACUGUGUCUGCCAGGUCAACCGAUUCAUCGUUAACACCCUGAAAGAUGGAAGGUAUGCGCUUUGUUCUCUACUUGUUUCAUUGUAGAAUGAGAACUAACUUU